AUGAGUGACAAUUUUAAUCACGGAAUUAAAAAUAAACUUGCUGCAUUAUAUCAACAAGCUUUUCAACUUGCCAAACAAGCCGUCGAAGAAGAUCAUAAUGGAAAUAAAGAAAUAGCGAGGAAUUCUUAUUUAGAAGUGUUAAAGUCAAUAUUAGACCUGGCCGUAAUAGAAGAUGAAAAAAAGAAUUAUCAAGAGGCAUUGGACUUAUACUUUGAGGCAGUACAAUUACUUUUAGAUAUUCGUCGAAAGAGUAAAGAUCAAGAAUCAAAAUCAGAAUUAUCUAAUAAAAUAAAUUAUUUAUUAAAAAGAGCAGAAGAUCUAAAAGGAUUACCAAAAAAAACCAUGGCAUUACUAAAUAAUCCAGGAAAAGGAAGAUUAUCAUUUUAUUCACCUGGAUCAGGAUUAAAAAAAGAAGAAAUUGAAAUUUUGAAAAAUAAUUCAGUAAUAAAUGCAGUGUUUGGUGAAUGGAAGCGUCCUUCAGAGAUAAUGAAACAACCUAGAAUGAUUGUAACAAUUUCAAGUGAAACAAUUAAACAAGUAACUAUUAAUUAA